AGUUUGUACGCCGUCGUCGAAUGCAGCGCUUACAAAAGUAACGUCAAGUGAGUAAAAAAAAUAUCAUUGACAAAUUCUUACAAAAGAAAAUUAACUCAUUUAGUGAACUAAUAAAAUAUAAAUAUUAAUAAAGGAAAGGGAGAGAGAGACAGAGAGAGACAGAGAGAGAGAGAGAUAGAUAGAGCGAGAGAGAGAAAGAGAGAGAGAGGGAGAGAGAGAGAGGGAGAGAGAAAAAAAAAGAUAUGAUAUUCAGGAGGCGGCGUCGAUUUGGGAGAUCUUUUUUAUCAAAAUUUCUUUGCCUAAUCAUCUUUAUAGUAGUGACAAUAGCGAAGAAAAAACUAUUUAGCGUUGACGAAGAACAAACCGAAGACCUAGCAAUUCAUCAUCCAGGCGGACGGCAUUUGCUGCAAACAACGUUGAAAGAUAAUAAUAUAUCUACCAAUCAGCCAAACUGUACCAUACCCGCCUACCACGAAUUUCCUACCGACCUCUUCUCAAAUGAACAAAGGUCGAAUGGGGCAGUUAUCAUUCACGUUUUCGUCGUUGUCUAUAUAUUCAUAGCUUUAGCUAUUAUAUGCGACGAGUACUUUGUUGCCUCUUUGGAAAAGAUAUGUGAAAAAUUGAAACUAAGUGAGGACGUGGCUGGAGCAACUUUCAUGGCUGCCGGAAGUUCUGCUCCGGAAUUGUUUACCUCCGUAAUUGGAGUUUUUAUUGCGCACGGAGACGUUGGGAUUGGUACUAUUGUCGGAUCUGCUGUUUUUAACAUAUUAUUUAUUAUAGGUUUAUGUGGUAUACUCGUUAAAGAGGUGGUUAUCCUGGCUUGGUAUCCGCUCAUUAGAGACACGGCGUUUUACCUAAUUUCCGUUAUAGCUUUAAUACUCACUAUACUAGACUCGACAGUAAAAUGGUAUGAAUCGUUUAUAAUGUUGACUUUGUAUGCCGCCUACAUAUUUGUAAUGAAGGAGAAUAGGAAAAUUCAAGAAUUCGCCCAUAAACAUAUUAAAAUCUUCGAUGAAGCUGUUAAACCAGUCCAAGCUGGUUUAUUACCCCCAUCGGCACCAAGGAAAUUUUAUGGCGACCCCAAUGCUUACGAAAUGUACGAGAAUUCUAAAACGAAUAAAUCGCAAGAUAUUAAGGUUUUGGCAGUUGAUAAAUUUGCAAUGAAACCAGGAAGGAUGAGCUUUGCAGAUAUUUGCUUAAGAGUAAUGAAAGGAAAGGAGUUUAAACCUAAAACUAGGUUUAAAUUUAUUACUUUUAUACUUAUUGCUGAGAGAAAGAAACUCUUACAAGAUCCUGGCUUCAAGAGACGUCAAAAACAAAUGAAAACCUUAAGCUUUGACGCAAGUACAGAUUCUUAUACAAAAGCUGUUCGAACAAACUCUGAUAAACCCGAGACUGAGAAGGAGAGGCCACUGUUUCGACCCCCAAAAAUAGAGGAAGGAUUGUUAAAGAUUGCCGGUUGGCUAGCUCUUCUACCAGCUAGUAUUGUGUUCUUCUUUACCGUACCUGACUGCAAAAGGAAGAGAUUCGAAGGGUGGUAUGCAGCAACUUUUAUGCUAUCGAUAGCAUGGAUAGCUAUUCUAUCCUACAUAAUGGUUUGGAUGGUGACAUUAAUCGGUUAUACGAUGGGUAUACCUGAUAGCAUAAUGGGGAUAACGUUCCUAGCAGCUGGAACGUCUGUUCCUGAUGCAAUGUCGAGUGUUAUGGUAGCCAGACAGGGUAUGGGAGAUAUGGCGAUAUCAAAUACUAUAGGAAGCAACGUUUUCGAUAUACUAAUAGGGUUAGCACUUCCAUGGUUUAUACACACUGUUUUACUUCCAUCAAGACAAGACGUUCAUAUAAAUAGUAACGGCAUGGUAUUUAGUGUCAUUCUUCUCUUCGCAACAGUAGUUAUUACAGUAAGUAAAGGUAGAUCAUAUAUAUUCUCAAUAUCUCUAUAAAUUGAAGAUAUAAGAUAUUUUUUCUUAAUUAUCUUUUCUAUCUUCUUUUUUUUCUCUCUUUUUUUUCUUUCUUUUUAUUCCCCUUUAGUUAAUGGCCGUACACUGUGGUGGUUGGAGAUUAGAUAGAAAACUUGGUAUUAUCUGCAUAUCUAGCUACACAAUAUUUCUUUCCAUCUCUACUCUUAUUGAAUUUAACAUUUUUGGAUUUGUAAAUCUUCCAAUGUGUACUGAAUAUUAAUUAUGUAAAAAGACAAAAAAAAACAUACCAAAACAAGCUUUUCAGUUUGUUUUUCGAUUGGAAGAGAAUUUUGGUCUUUUUUCUAAGUCAUCUUCUUCUUAUUAUUAUUAUUCUUCUUCUUCUUUUUCUUUUUUAAUCUUAUCUUCAAAGUCAAUCUUCUUCAUAUGUAUAAACUCUGCAAAGAAAAAAAAAUUACCUGCUUCUUUGUGUCUUGAGAAGGAGUUUAUAAAAUAUAUAUGUAAAAAGUACCUGUAUCAAGUUGUUAAUUAGAGCAAUUAUGUGUUUAAAUUGGAUAUUUAUGCUGAUGUUUAUUAUCACUUUUUUUUCAACCGCUCCUCUUUACAACAUUUGCUUCUUUAUCCCUUUCCUUUAAACCUUAUUUUUCUCCUUUUCUCUCUCUCUCUCUCUCUCUCUCUCUCGCUCUUUCUUUCUUUCUUUCUUUCUCUCUGCCCUCCCCUUUCUCUUCUUUUCUUUUUCUUAUCUUUUUUUCUUCGUUCCGUCUGUGAAUUUACAGUUAUGAUAAGUACUGAUAGUAUAUAUCCUUAUUAUACUGAAUAUAAUAAACUAGCCCAACUUAGUGUACCUAAACGCUUAUAGUAACUUUUACAGUUUUACAGUUUUCCAGUUGAUUAUAAGUGCUUUGUACAUAAAGUUAUCACUAAAUUAUUAGUUGAAUGAUAAUCAUUAAUUUGCUUUUACUAUUUGAACAAAGUCAGAUAAGAGUAUAUAAUUAUAAAGUUUCUAAGGCAUCGUAUCCUAGAGGGAGUCUGCUCCUAAUUGCACAUCGAUCUACAAUUCGAAACCAACCUCUUUCUAGUUUCGGAAUAAUCGAAAAAUCCACUUUGCAUGGAGAAGAGAAUAUGAAAGUGAAGAAGAGGAUAAUAUCGAAUUUCUCUCUAAACAUAUAUAAUUAUUGUGCCAUUUGGGCCUAGGUCCAUUCGAUCUAUAUUUUAUCUUUGCUUGGUUCCUUAGCUCCUACUUUGGUUCCCCUGGUCAAAUUUUAAUUUUAUGUACCAGCUGUUUCUAAACAAUCUAAUAUCAAAACUAAUAAAUUUCCAAGUAGCGCCAUCUACCAAAUAAUUAUUUAAUAACAAAAAAGAAAAGAUAUUAUUUACCGAAUGGAAAAUCUUAAAAAGAAAACUUUUAAGUAGAAGAGGAAAGAGAAAGAAAUUGAGAGAGCGAAAGAGAGAGAGAGAGAGAGAGAGAGAGAAAAUGAGAUAGGAGAUAUGAGAAAGAAGAAAGGAAAAGAAAAUUGAUGAAAAGAAGAUUAGCAGAUUUUAGCUUUUAUCAGUAAAAUCUAGCUCUUGUAUAUACAGUAUAAGUAAAAUACAAAUACUAUUAAUUUUUAAGUGCAAAUAUUGAAGUAUAUAUGAGAAGAUUGAUAAGG